ACUUGACAAUUUCUACUAUAUAUAGCUUACCAUAGAAGCCUUUCGUGCUAUAUUUUUCUAAUUCUGAACAUUUUUUCCUUAUCUUAUCUUCUCCUCCACCUUAGAGGCUCUCCUAGAAACAUCUUAAGAUGGCUGGCAUAGCAUUUGGACGCUUUGAUGAUUCUUUCAGUUUAGGCUCCAUCAAGGCCUAUAUUGCUGAGUUCAUCUCAACCUUGCUCUUUGUUUUUGCUGGUGUUGGUUCAGCCAUAGCCUACGCUAAGUUGACAUCAGAUGCAGCUCUUGAUCCUGCUGGGUUGGUAGCUGUGGCUAUUUGCCAUGGUUUUGCUCUCUUCGUUGCUGUUUCUGUUGGUGCCAACAUUUCUGGUGGCCAUGUCAACCCUGCUGUGACCUUUGGGUUGGCUCUUGGCGGCCAAAUCACCAUCCUCACUGGUAUCUUCUACUGGAUUGCACAGCUUCUUGGCUCCAUAGUGGCAUGCUUACUCCUCAAGUUUGUCACUGGCUUUAGUACUCCCAUCCACAGUGUUUCUGCUGGAGUUGGAACUGCUGAAGGAGUUGUUACAGAGAUUAUCAUCACAUUUGGAUUGGUAUAUACUGUGUAUGCCACCGCAGCUGACCCGAAGAAGGGCUCAUUGGGAACAAUUGCACCCAUUGCCAUAGGUUUCAUUGUUGGUGCCAACAUCUUAGCUGCCGGGCCAUUCUCUGGUGGAUCAAUGAACCCUGCUCGCUCCUUUGGCCCUGCUGUUGUUAGUGGUAACUUCCAUGACAAUUGGAUCUACUGGGUUGGACCUCUUAUUGGUGGUGGUUUGGCUGGUCUCAUCUACGGCUAUGUGUUCAUGCCCACUGAACAUGCACCUCUGGCCAGUGAUUUUUGAUUAAUUUGAUCCUCAUUAGUGAUUAUUGCCUGUGUAAUUCGUGUUUCUUUGUAAUAAAGGAGGAAAAGCAGCUCUUGCUUUUCUUUCUUUUCAUUGCUGUUUUAUCCUUUUGUUUUGGCUUUUAAUGUAAAGCGUUGAAGUCAUUGUUUUCUUGUAAGAAUUCAAGAGGUUGGUAAAUGGUAAU